AUGUUCGGUUCCAACAACUGGGGUGAGCUAGGCUCACGCGAAGGCUCCAGCCUGCUUUUCCUUCGAGGCAGGAUGAUCGAUUUCGCAGCAGGAGCUUGGCAUUACAUCGCCGUAAUGGAAAAUGGCUCAGUAUACGGUUGGGGAAAAGCACGUCUCGGUCAGCUUGGGGAGGGACUGUACGGCGGCAAAGGCAUGGCGCCUAGUCCAAUCGAAGGUAUACCGUUUAGACCUAAGAAGGUGGUAUGCGGGAAAGACUUCACAUACCUAGUCAGUGAUCCAGCUGAGGGUAAACACCAUCUCCUCGGCAAAGACAAGUUCAACAUCAUCUCGAACAUGCCUGAACAUGUCAAGGACUGGAAAGACAUCGGCGCGACAUGGCACGCCAUCUUCGUGCUCUUUGACGACGGCACUCUUACCGCGUGGGGUAAAGAGAACAUGUGGAAGCUACUACCACCCAAUCUACCGCUUCUGGAUAAGAUCGCUGUUGGAUCAGACCACAUCCUCGCUGUGACGAAAGAGGGCAAAUUAAUAUCAUGGGGUUGGGGUAAACAUGGGAACUGUGGCGAUCUGUCAAAUAUUGGGGUUGAAAUGAAGAACGAUAUGGUCAGCGGGUUCUGGAACGAAAUCAGCAUACCAGGAGAGAUCCAGACGAUUGGGGCUGGGUAUUGUACUAGCUUCGUGGUUACGAAACAAGGUUGA